AUGAAGAUGAAAAUCAAUGAAUUCCAGGCGGUGGCCGAAUGGCAAUGGGAUCUUGACGAGGCCGCCGAUGACACCUGUGGCAUCUGCCGUACCAAGUUCGAAGGCUGCUGCGCGCGUUGCAAGUAUCCGGGGGACGAAUGUCCGAUCAUUGCGGGCGCGUGCUCGCACAUUUUCCACAUGCACUGCAUCAUGAACUGGAUUCGUUCCGAGUCAUCUCAGGGUCGCURUCCUAUGUGCCGUCAACAGUUCAAGGAGAAGUCCGCAAAUGCUAGAAAGUCUGUUGGUGGCUCCGCCCCUGAUCAGGACACGUCGAACGCCUAG